CCUGGCUGAGGCGGCGGGCCGGGCGGGGCCGGGCGGGAAGCGUCAGGCCCCGGGGCGCGGGGCGCGGGGCUCGGCCGGGCAGCUCCGCCCGGAUGAGGAACAAAGCGGCGGGGCUGGCGCGCGCGGCCGGCAGGUUGGGCAGCCUCCUUCCCGAAGCUUCCGGAGGAGAGGCCUCGAGGGUGCCCCGGCAUGCUCCGUCCCGUGGCGGCGUCCACGGGUCCUGGCCCUCGGACCAAGUUGGAUGGCCCCGGGCGGCCCCGUGCAGCGGGGACCUCGCUUGUGCAGCGGUUGUGAGCAAGAUGAGGUCGCACGUGAGGCCGGAGCACAAUUCCUGAUGCUGGUCCCCCGCCGCCGCCCGAGCGCGCUUUUCUCUCCGAACUUGGCCCCAAGCACCUGCAUCACAGGAUGAAUGAAAUGAACCUCAGCCCCGUGGGCAUGGAGCAGCUGACGUCAUCCUCCGUGAGCAACGCCUUGCCGGUCUCAGGAAGUCACCUGGGGCUGGCCGCCUCCCCCUCUCACAGUGCCAUCCCUGCCCCAGGCCUGCCAGUGGCAAUUCCAAACCUGGGUCCCUCCCUGAGUUCUCUGCCUUCUGCUUUGUCCCUGAUGCUCCCGAUGGGUAUUGGGGAUCGAGGGGUGAUGUGUGGAUUACCUGAGAGGAACUACACCCUACCUCCGCCGCCGUACCCCCACCUGGAGAGCAGCUACUUCAGGACAAUUCUACCUGGCAUUUUGUCUUACUUAGCUGACAGGCCGCCUCCUCAGUACAUCCACCCCAACUCCAUCAAUGUCGACGGCAACACAGCACUGUCGAUUGCCAAUAACCCUUCAGCAUUAGAUCCCUAUCAGUCCAGUGGCAGCGUCGGGUUAGAGCCGGGCAUCGUGUCCAUAGACUCUCGCUCUGUGAACACACACGGUGCCCAGAGUCUUCAUCCCAGUGAUGGCCAUGAGGUGGCCCUGGACACAACCAUCGCCAUGGAGAAUGUUUCUCGGGUUACCAGCCCCAUCUCUACGGAAGGCAUGGCGGAGGAGCUGGCGAUGGACGGUGUGGCUGGCGAGCAUCCCCAGAUCCCGAGUGGCUCCAGGAGUCACGAGCCUCUGUCCGUGGAUUCUGUGAGCAGCAGCCUUGCGGCGGAUGCUGUAGGACAUGGUGCUGUGAUGCCGAUGCACGGCAACGGCCUGGAGCUCCCUGUCGUCAUGGAGACGGACCAUAUUUCCAGCCGGGUCAGCGGCCUGUCCGACAGUGCCCUCGGUGACUCCAUCCACACCGUGGCCAUGAGCACCAACUCUGUAAGCGUGGCACUCUCUACCUCACACAACCUCGCCUCCCUAGAAUCCGUUUCCCUCCACGAAGUUGGCCUCAGCCUAGAACCUGUGGCUGUUUCCUCCAUCACGCAGGAGGUUGCUAUGGGGACAGGCCAUGUAGAUGUGUCUUCAGACAGUCUUUCUUUUGUACCACCUUCACUGCAAAUGGAAGACUCCAAUUCAAACAAGGAAAACAUGGCAACCUUGUUUACAAUUUGGUGUACUCUGUGUGACCGAGCCUACCCCUCGGACUGUCCUGAUCACGGCCCUGUGACCUUUGUUCCUGACACGCCGAUAGAGAGCAGGGCAAGGCUGUCCCUGCCGAAGCAGCUGGUCCUGCGCCAGUCGAUGGUGGGAGCGGACGUAGGGGUGUGGGCUGGAGAAACCAUUCCUGUGCGAACCUGCUUUGGACCUCUGAUUGGCCAGCAGAGUCACUCCAUGGAAGUGGCAGAAUGGACAGACAAGGCAGUGAACCACGUCUGGAAGAUCUAUCACAAUGGUGUCCUGGAAUUCUGCAUCAUUACAACUGAUGAAAAUGAAUGUAACUGGAUGAUGUUUGUGCGCAAGGCCAGGAACCGAGAAGAGCAGAAUUUGGUGGCGUAUCCCCAUGAUGGAAAGAUCUAUUUCUGCACCUCCCAGGACAUCCCUCCUGAAAAUGAACUGCUUUUCUAUUAUAGUCGAGAUUAUGCUCAGCAGAUUGGUGUUCCUGAACACCCAGAUGUGCACCUCUGUAACUGUGGCAAGGAGUGCAGUUCUUACACAGAAUUCAAAGCUCAUCUGACCAGCCACAUCCAUGACCAUCUUCCUAGCCAGGGCCACAACAGCAGCCACGGGCCAAGCCACAGCAAAGAAAGGAAGUGGAAGUGCUCUAUGUGCCCUCAAGCUUUUAUCUCUCCUUCCAAACUCCACGUCCACUUUAUGGGUCACAUGGGAAUGAAGCCCCACAAGUGUGAUUUCUGUAGCAAGGCUUUUAGUGACCCCAGCAACCUGCGGACCCACCUCAAGAUACAUACAGGUCAGAAGAACUACAGGUGUACCCUGUGUGACAAGUCUUUCACCCAGAAAGCUCACCUGGAGUCCCACACGGUCAUCCACACGGGCGAGAAGAAUCUCAAGUGUGACUACUGCGAUAAGCUGUUCAUGCGGAGGCAGGACCUCAAGCAGCACGUGCUCAUCCACACCCAAGAACGCCAGAUCAAGUGUCCCAAGUGUGAUAAGCUAUUCUUGAGAACAAAUCACUUAAAGAAGCAUCUCAAUUCUCAUGAAGGAAAACGAGAUUAUGUGUGUGAGAAAUGUACGAAGGCUUAUCUAACCAAAUACCAUCUCACCCGGCACUUGAAGACCUGCAAAGGACCCACCUCCAGUUCCUCAGCCCAAGAGGAGGAAGAAGAGGAGGACUCGGAGGAGGAAGACCUUGCCGAGUCUGUGGGGACAGAAGACUGUAGGAUGGGCAGUGCUCUGUAUUCCACGGAGGAGUCUCUGUCCACACACAAAUAGGAGAACUUUCUGUGGCUGGGAACUGCAAAGGGAAGAACACACGGGACAGUCGUCCUCCACGGUGACUUGGAUAGAAAACCAGCUGAUUGCUCUCCUGCCAAUAGUCAAAACAGACUGUGGGAAUGGAUGAAGCGCUUAGGGAAGUGUAUGUUAUUGAAACACUUUAAAGCUGAAGAGCGCAUGUGUCGUGUUCGUGCGUGAUAGGGAGGAAAGUGUCAGCUUUUUACGUGACCAUCUGGUGGAGGCCUUUACGCCUGCAUCCAGCCUGCCUUCUGCCUAGACAAAUCAGAACUACUUCAUGAUCUUCCAUUAUUCCCUUCGCCUCCCAGCCCUCUGGGAGCAUGCUAAAUUUGGUCCCCACCCAACAGGUAUCUCAGUUGCUGACUGAGCUUUAUAUACCCUUCGAUGGUUUACGCUCUUUCCAGAACAGGUUGUGACAUAACCUGUAAGAGUGCUAGCCUUCAGUGCAGCUAACAAGCGCAAAGCAGCACCUGCCUUAACCUCUCCCGGCUCCUCCAGAUUUUGGCAUGGAUCUUCCCAAAUUUUCAGCAGAUGCUAGAGGCCACAUUUUAAAAGAAGCAGACAGCCAGGAGAGACGCCUGACUACUGUCCAGGACCCUGUCUCUGGUGGCAGCCAGGGUGCAUCGCCUAGUUCUUGUUUUGGAGAGAUCAUAGCCAGGUGUGCACAGGUGGUUCUCUGUCUCCAGUCCAGCCCCCAGCUAAGUCAUAGGGUACUUGGAGCCCAAAUCAUGCCUGCUGGAUUGUCUGUUGACAGCAGUAACCUGUGGACUCACUCACAGCGUGGUACCUCCACCCAUAUUUGAUUUCCCCAAUGAAAACUCCAGAACCAUUGGAAUGUUGCCCAGUCGAAGCAAUGGGAGACUCCAGGUGCAGUUUUGCAUCUUUGAGGACAGGCCUUCCACUUGCGUCACCAGGUGAACAUGGACAGUGCCAGAGGAUUUGGCAAGGAAGGAAGGGCACCCUCCAGGCUCAGCCCUGCAGUGACUCAGCUUGGCUUGUGAUCUUUCCAUGUGGUCAUUGUGUGCUACAUGCGUAUCCAGCUUUUAACCAGAGAAGUAGUAACCGUAAGUCGACAGGGUUGGUGGAACCUGCUCUCCUGCUCAGAGGCACACCCUCUGGUCUGGAGCAGAGCACUCUGGUGGGAAGGUUUGCUGCUAUUGUAUUUAUGGAAUGAAUGUAUUUCAUUCAAAUCUGUAUUCCUCUAGGAAGGAUGAAAAUAAAAACACCUUUUUAAAAUACAAGAUUCCUUUUGUAUCUCUUAUU